UCCUCACUUUCACUCAUUUUUCUUCUAUCCUUCCAUAAUGGUUUUUUUUCCAGCUCAAAAAUCUGUUCUUAUGAUAUGUGGAGAUCAUAUGGAAGAAUUUGAGGCGAAAGUAGCAUUUCAAGCAUUGGAGGCUUUCGGAUUAAAAGUUGAUGCAGUUUGCCCUGGAAAGAAAGCUGGUGACUACGUGCAUACUUCUAUUUUUCAGCCUUUCGUUCACCGGUCAUUUUCUGAGACAGCAGGCCAUAAGUUCACAUUGAAUGCUACAUUUGAUGAAGUUGAACCAACCGAAUACAAUGGGCUUCUCAUCCCCGGAGGAAGGGCACCAGAAUAUCUUGCUGGGAUUCAAUCUGUUGUGGAACUAGCCAAAAAAUAUGCACAGACAGGGAAACCAAUUGCAUCCAUUUGUCACGGAUCGUUAAUCUUGGCAGCUGGUGACUUACUGAGGGGUCGAACGUUGACGGCUUAUCCUUCUUUGAAGGCUGUAGUAAUCGCUGCAGGCGCUCAUUGGGUUCCAGCAGAUAGUCCUGGUGGUUAUGCUAUCGAUGGUAAUCUUGUAUCGGGAGUCUCAUAUGUAGCAAAUCCGAAAUUUAUCUCUCUAUUCUUGGAAACCCUGGGUUGCAAAGUAUCUGGUGCAGAUAAUAAACGGAUUUUAUUCCUUUGUGGGGAUUUUACUGAAGAAUUGGAACUAAUGGUGCCAUUUCAAGCUCUGCAAGCUCUUGGAUGUCACGUUGAUGCGGUGUGCCCUGACAAGAAAGCAGGUGAAACCUGCCCAACAGUUAUCCAUGAGUUUCAUCCAGGCAAUCAAACGUACAGUGGGAAGACAGGUUAUAAUUUCCCCCUCACAGAAACCUUUGAAGGUUUAGAUUCUUCCAGCUAUGAUGCACUUGUUCUUCCCGGUGGCCAAGCUCCAGAGUACCUCUCAGUGAAUGAGGAUGUACUUACUUUAGUAAAAGGAUUCACCGAUGCAAGAAAACCAGUUGGAUCCACGGGUCAUGGGCAAAUGAUUCUAUCUUUUGCAGAUGCUUUGAAGGGAAAGAAAUGUACAGCACACCCAUCAGUGAAGUUGAAUGUGGUAAUGGCAGGGGGGAUAUGGGUCGAGCCUAGUUCAUUAGACACUUGCUAUACAGAUGGUAAUUUGGUCAGUGGAGCCACUUGGCGUGGGAAUGCACAAUUCAUUUCUCAAUUGAUGUCAGUUCUUGGAAUUCAAGUGUCAGGUACCUGGGAUUUAGACAAGACUGGCGAUGGAGUAAUCCUGCUAUAGGUUUAGUGGUCUUUACCGGCGGUCAAGUCGCGCUGCUAAAAUGACAUUUAUAUGUAAUAAGAUAUUGUUACCCAGAACAUCCACCACCGCCCUUGUAGUAGCCGUGAAUUCAAAUAUCUGUUUUUUUAGGUGUUGUAUUCCUUAUCUUCUUGAAUGAUUGUUGUGUUAGACUCUUCAGAUUUUGUAUUUGCUUCAUUGAGUUGUUCCAGCAA